ACAUUGUAAAUAAGUAAACCAAUUAAAAGAGGCAGUACCUCAUUCACAAAAUGGACAUGUUGUGCGAGAAGCUACCUUCAAAUGAUGAUGAACAAUUCAGUUGUGCAAUGCAGUUGGUUACCAUUUCAUCAUUACCCAUGGUUUUGCUUACUGCAAUCAAGCUCAAAGUCUUGGAAGUUAUAGCUGAGGCCGGACCGGAUGCCCAACUCUCGGCUAGUGAGAUAGCAUCCACUUUGUCAAUCACCUAUCCAGGUGCCCCGAUUAUGCUAGACCGAAUGCUUCGUUUACUUGCCAGUCAUUCAGUCGUUACUUGCACUCAAAGAGAACUUGAAGAGAAGCCAGUUAGAGCUUAUGGGCUAACUCCUGUUGCCAAAUACUUUGUCCCGAACGAAGAUAGUGUGUCGUUAGCUCCGAUGAUGGAGUUGGUACAAGGAGAAGUGUUCAUCCAAAGUUGGUAUAAGCUUAAGGAUUGUGUGCUUGAAGGGGGGAUUCCAUUCGACGAGGUUCAUGGAGCAAAUACCUUUGAACUUCCAGCAGUCAAUGGGAGCUUCAAUGAAAUUUUUAACAAGGCCAUGGUGCACCAUUCUACUAUUGUGAUCAAGGAAAUGCUCAAGUGCUAUCAUGGUUUUGAUAACCUCAAACGUGUGGUUGAUGUCGGAGGUGGUUUAGGUGUUACCAUCAAGAUGAUCGUAUCAAAAUAUCCUUUUAUUGAAGGAAUUAAUUACGAUCUGCCUCACGUGAUUCAACAUGCACCUACCUAUCCUGGUAUACAACAUAUAGGAGGUGAUAUGUUUCAAGAUGUCCCACAAGGCGAUGCUAUUUUUCUGAAGUGGAUACUACAUGACUGGAGUGAUGAUCAUUGCUUGAAGUUGCUAAAGAACUGCUAUAAAGCAUUGCCAGACAAUGGAAUGGUUAUUGUAGUUGAUGCGAUUCUUAGUUUUGUACCGGAUUCAAGUGUUUCGACUAAAAUGAACAUGAACACAGACGCAAUCAUGAUGACACAAGAUCCUGGAGGAAAAGAGCGCACAGAGGAUGAGUUUUUAGCAUUGGCGAAAAAGGCAGGAUUUAGUGGGAUCAGAAAGCGGUGCUUGGUCUGCAAUUUCUGGGUCAUGGAAUUCUAUAAGUAACUAGAAUUCUGCCUACUUAUUUUAUUUCCAAAUCAUUCUGAUCACACAUAUGAUCAAUUAUCUAAUAAGUUGAAAUAAUGUUAUGUUUUUUUUUUAUGUUCAAAAAAGAAAAUGUUAUGUUUUGGGAUCCCAA